GAGUUAGUUUAUCCACGUGUAGCAGCAGUAUGACUUCUGAGUGUAGCCACACCGUUGAAGCUGACAGCAGUGAGGGCCAAAAGGGUAAAGCUGUGGUGAAGAGAGAGGGUGUGCUCGCAUCAGUCUUCUGUCGAAUUUCACAGUUCUGGCCAAUCCGUCUUGUGGUGCAUGGUUUUCGGGCUGUGUGGUGGUUCUUUGGCUUUUCCAAUCCGUCUGAAAAACAAAGUUCUCCCAGUGCACGGCAGUGUCGAUCGGGACGGAAGCGUCUAGGCCGACCCACACGUUUGCUGCUUGCCAUCCUGCCCCGGCAGCUCCAGAGUGCUCUCGGGUACCCGGUGUGCACCAGCAUCGGCUGCUCCGUCUCCCCAGAUGUGCGCUGUUCCCCCACUAAGCCCUGUGGGAAAGGCAGUAAAAGGAAGCAGGAUGAUAUGGAUGAGGAUGAUGAUGAUGAGCUGGAGCAGCAGUCAUGGGUGGAGGCGCUCAACCAGGAGCUGAAUGAUGAGGACCCGUCUGCUGAUCCUGACUACGAACCCAGUGCAGUGGAGACCGAUAGUGAGGAGUAUCGGACACACAAUGAUACUGAGAGCGAUAUCGAAGUGGAGAAAGGUGUUGUCGUGAUCCAGGAUUUGGAGACUGUACAGGAAACUGCCACUGAGGCGAAGUGAUGGUAGUGUGGAAUGUCUUGCAUGUAUUUAUAAAAGUAAUGGUUUUCUUGUAAGUAACUAACUGCCCGGUGUCUUCCUGGUCACUUGGGCUUUUUGUCUUGCCGAGGGCCUCCUGGCUCAACGGAUGGUCUGUUUUUGUACUUAUUCAGUGUCUUGUAUUGAUUUUUCAAAAAUAAAUUAUGUUUAAUCUAA